AUGGCAGGGGUAGCAGUGAUAUUAUUGGUCGUCUAUGCAACGGUCGUGCAAGUUGCGGAUGCUGGCAACGUCUUUAGACUUCAAUCAAAUGAGAUCAGAGUAAACAAAUGUCCACCUGAACAAGUGCAUGAUUGGACGAUAGAACACCUAAUUAGGCACGAUAAUUGCAACAUGUUCUACCAGUGUAUUCAUGGCAGACCUGUGGAGAGACAUUGUCCUACGGGCCUGCACUUCGCUCCUAAUCUUCAAAGAUGUGAAUGGCCGAAUACCGUUAAUUGUGAAGAUAAAACUGUAUCUACUACUACAACGACAACCACUCCUGUUCCCACGACACAUAUACCUACCACAACCACGACAUCUCCCCCUCCCACGACAAUCCCAAGUACCGCAGAUACCACCACCGCAUCUACAACCAUCACAACAACUCCAGUUCCCACGACGAUUCCAACUACCAUAGACACCUCCACCCCUGUACCAACAACUGACACCACAACAACUCCAACUCCCACGGAGACCUCUACCCACGUACCUACAACCAUCACUACAAUAACUCCCAUUCCCACAACAAUUCCAACUACCACGAACACUACUACCCAAGCACCUACAACCACCACUACAAUAACUCCCAGUCCCACGACAAUUCUAACUCCCAUCAACACCACCACCCCAGCACCUACAACCAUCACCGCAAUAACUCCCGAUCCUACCACAGUUCCAAUUACCACAACAACCCCCGCCCCCUCAACAACUACACCCAUCAGCCCAAUAAAUCCUAAUGCACCAAAAGUGCUAAGAAAGAGUUCCGGUACGUCAUAUUUCUACACCAAGUUUCAGAUUUCAUUAUAA